AACCCCGGGCCAUGCCCCUCCUGGAGUUCGCCCCCCUGCGCCUCCCCCUGCGGCGCCGCCUGCAGACCCUGGCCGUGCUCCAGUGGGUCUUCUCCUUCCUCCUCCUCGGCCAGCUGUGCACGCUGCUGUUCGUGCUGGCCCUGCGGGGCCCGCUCUGGCCCCUGGCUCUCCUUUACGCGCUGUGGCUGCUGGCGGACCGGGACACGCCCCGCCGCGGGGGGCGCCCUUGCGCCUGGGUGCGCGCCUGGCCCGUCUGGCGUCACUUCCGGGACUACUUCCCCAUCUCGCUGAUCCGCACCACGCCGCUGGAUCCCGGCAGGAAUUACAUUUUCGGGUUCCACCCCCACGGGAUUUUGGCCGCCGGAGCUUUUGGGAAUUUCUGCACGGAAGCCACGGGAUUUGGGGGGCUCUUCCCGGGGCUGCGCCCCCAUCUCCUCACCCUCCCCUGCUGGUUCCGCCUCCCGUUUUUCCGGGAAUACGCCAUGGCCGGCGGUCUGGUUUCCUCGGACCCCUCCAGCCUCGAGCACCUCCUGGCUCAGCCCCGGGGGGGCCUCGUGGCCGUGAUCGCCCUGGGGGGACCCCCCGAGGCCCUGGAGGCGCAGCCGGGGGGGCUCCGGCUGCAGCUGCUGCGCAGGAGGGGCUUUGUGCGCAUCGCCCUCAAACACGGGACCCCUCUGGUCCCGGUGUUCAGUUUCGGGGAGAACGAGCUGUUCCGGCAGGUUCCGAACCCUCCGGGCUCGCGGCUGCGGCGCCUGCAGCUGCGGCUCCAGAAGCUUCUGGGGGUGGCGCUGCCGCUCUUCCACGCCCGCGGAAUCUUCCAGUACAACUUCGGGCUGCUGCCCUUCCGCAGGCCCAUCCACACCGUGGUUAUGGGGGGAAAUUUCCGUUCCGUGCUGCAGGCGCUGUGCGUGGUGCAAUGGAUGCUGACCUUCCUCUUCCUCGGGCCGGUGUCGCUGCUGGUGCUGCUGGCGCUGCUCAGGACGCGGCUCUGGAUCCUCCCGGUCACCUACGGGGGGUGGUGGCUCUGGGACUGGAACGGGCCCGACACAGGGCCGCGGCACUGGGAGUGGCUCCGGAGCUGGCGCGUCUGGGACCAUUUCUGUGACUAUUUCCCCAUCCGGGUGGUCCGUGAGUGUCCCCUGUCCCCUGGCCGCAGUUUCCUGCUCCCUGCUCAUCCUCACGGCAUCUCCUGUAUCGGGGUCUUCGGCGCUUUCGUCACGGCCGCGCGCGGGGCCAGCGCCACCCCCGGCCCCGGGGGACCCUGCCCGGGGCUGCGGCCGAGCCUGGCCGCCCUGGAGGGGCUGUUCCGCCUGCCGGUGUACCGGGAGUACGCCAUGGCCGCCGGGCUGUGCCCGGUGAGCCAGCGCUGUCUGGACGCGGUUCUGUCGCGGGGGUCGCAGGCGCUGCUGAUCAUGGUGGGGGGCGCGGCCGAGGCUCUGGAGGGCACCCCGGGGUGUCACCGCGUCACCCUCCGCAACCGCCGCGGCUUCGUGCGCCUGGCGCUGCGCCACGGCACCCCCCUGGUUCCCGUGUACGUUUUUGGGGAGCAGGACGCGUUCUGGCAGCCCCCCCUCUCCGACACCUCCUGGAUCCGGCGGCUGCAGCGGGGCCUGAAGAAGAUUUUGGGGUUCGCCCCCUGCAUCUUUUGGGGUCGGGGGGGGCUCCCCUUCCUCCCCUUCCGCGUCCCCCUCACCGUGGUGGUGGGGACCCCCCUGGAGGUGCCGCGGGUCGCUCGCCCCCCGCCCGAGUUGGUCGCCCACUACCACGGGCUCUACGUUCAGCGGCUGCAGGAGCUCUUCGAGAGGCACAAAGAGGCUUGUGGGGUGCCCCCCGAAACUCACCUGAUCAUCGCCUGACCCCC